AUGGAGACAGUCUGUGAAUGGACAGGGAGCCAGCAGACUAAUUCUGGACCUCACAAAGCUUCCAGGGACCUCAGGAGAAUCUGGAGGCUAGAGAAGGGCUCUGUGGACUUGGGCAUAGCAGAGGCUGUGAAAGAAGUUAUGCAGAAGAAACUUCUGCAGACUUGGUUACAUUUUAGUGAAGGAGAUAUCUUACAAGUUCUUCAUGGACUAGAUGUAGAAAACUGCCCUGAAGUGGCAGACUCAAUCUUGAAGGCCUUGUUUGCCCCAAUUUCUCUUAGUGAACUGAUGGAAGUCUGCAAAAACAGUGAUGGCAGGAAAUUGAUCCCUAUGGAAACACUAACCCUUGAAAUUGCUUUGUAUUGGAGAGGUCUUUGUAAAUAUCUGAAAUCUAAAGGAGAUGAAGGGGAAGCUUUCUUAGAGCAGAUUUUGCCAGAAACUGCUAUCUAGGCAGAAUAUCUGCUGAGCUAUAUUCAGAACAUUCCAGUUGUUACUGAAGAAAAAGGAGGAGAUUUUGCCUUUAUGGAAAAUCUGACAAAAGAGUUUAUAGGUCAACAAUUGAUUCUAAUUAUCAAGUCCUUGGAUACCAAUGAAGAGGGAGGACGAAAGCAAUUAUUGGCUGUCCUGAAGGAAAUUCUCACCCUACCAAUUCUCUCGAUUUCCUUUGUGUCUUCCCUGGUUGAGAGACUGCUUCAUCUUUUUAAUGAUGAUAUUAAGAAGACACAGAUUGUUACAGAAAUUAUUUCAGAGAUCCGGGAGCCCAUAGUCACUGCUGAUCCUACUGAAGAUUCUGCUGAAGCAAGAAAAAAAGAACUCCAGAUAAAAGUAAAGCUUACUGAAGCCAAGGGAGCUCUGGAGGAAUGCCUUACUCUCCAGGAUUUUAACCAUGCCUCCCUGUUAAAAGAGGAAAUAAAAGAACUAGAAGAUACCAAAAUGGACCUAAUAAAAGAAACAGAACAACUUGAGAUGAAGGAGGUUCACAUGGAAAAGAAUGAUCCUGAAACAUUACAGAAAUGUCUAAUUUUAUUCUAUGAACUUCUGAAACAGAUCUCUAUUUCCACAGGCAUAAGUGCAACCUUGAAUGUUAUUAUUGACUCUUUGAUUCUUCCUGGAAUAACAAGUAUUUAUCUUGAAGUGAGAAAUAUGACUGUUUUAUGCUUAGGUUGUUGUGGUCUGCAGAACCAAGAUUUUGCCAGUGAACAUUUUGCACUGUUAUUGCAGGUUUUGCAAAUGGAUGAUGUCACAAUAAAAAUAACUGCUCUCAAGGCAGUUUUUGACCAGCUGUUGUUGUUUGGGACUGAGCCAUUUAAAUCCAAAAAAGUCAAGGACCUUGAGAGUGGAGAAGCAGAGAUAACUGAAGGUGGUGAUCCUGACCAUGAGCUAAAACUAAAAGCUGUGGAAGAAGAGACUGCCUCCCCUAAGAACAUCCUGAAGCUUCUGGCUGGUUUUUUAGACAGUGAGAUUUCUGAGCUCCACACAGCUGCUGCAGAAGGACUUGCCAAACUGAUGUUCUCUGGAUGAUUAGGUAGUAGCAGGCUUCUUUCUCCUCUUGUCUUGUUGUGGUACAAUCCUGUGACUGAAGAGGAUGUUCCACUGCGACAUUGUCUAGAGGUGUUCUUCCCUAUAUUUGCUUAUGCAAACAGGACUAAUCAGGAGUGCUUUGAAGGCACUUUUUUCCCAACUCUGAAAACACUGCUUAAUGUGCCUGCAUCUCCUCCUUUAGCUGAAAUAGAUAUUGCUAAUGUAGCUGAACUACUUGUAGACUUGACAAGACCAAGUGGACUGAACCCUCAAGCCAGAAAUUCCCAGGACUACCAGGCUUCAACAGUACAUGAUAAUUUAGCCAUAAAAAUUUACAAUGAAAUCUUAAUAAGUCCAUGUGCACCAGAAAUUUGCAUUUAUGUAAAAGCCUUGAAUUCUUUAGAACUCAGUGACAGUUCUACAAAAGAACUUACUAUGUUAUUGGAUGAGAUUCCUGAGGAAGUAAAAGAUAGGACAUGUUUGAGAGUCUUAGAGACAAUCAAGAUACAGUUGAGCAAAGGAAGUAAUGAACAUGGUGACCAGCACAGGACACUGAUAGCGCUACCAUGGCCACUAAUCAGAAUGAGGAAGGAUGGAGAAAAGCCACAGUUACUUCAAGAUCUGUGUACAGAAGACAUCAGAAUGCUGAGACUCAUUCUGGGCUUAUUUAGCGGCAGCGUACACGCAGCUGCUCUUCUCCUGGCAGCUUCUCCAGAGGCAGCAGGUGGCGGGGCGGAGGAGCGGCGGGUGAGGGGGGGCGGAGGAGCGGGGGGCGGAGGAGAGGCGGGUGGGGGCAGCUUCUCCAGAGGCAGCAGGUGGGGGGGGGGCGGAGGGGCGGCGGGCGAACGGGGCCGGAGGAGCGGUGGGUGGGGUCGGCUUCUCCAGAGCCAGCAGCUGGCUGGGGGCGGAGGAGCGGCGGGUGAGGGGGGGGCGGAGGAGCGGGGGGCGGAGGAGAGGCGGGUGGGGGCAGCUUCUCAAGAGGCAGCAGGAGGGGGGCGGGGCGGAGCGGCCGUGGUGGGGAGCCAGAGGACAGGCAGGUGCGGGGGCAGAGGCCCCAUCCUCUUGGGCCCUGCCUGGUACCAUCCCCCGCCUCGAGGCACCUCCCCCUCCUCUGCCUGCACGGCCUCCUCACUGCCUGACUGCCUGACUAUGCCCGAGAGGAGCUGGGAAAUUGAGGCAGGCCCUAGCAUCCUCAGUUUCCCAGCCUGUCAAACGAGGCAUCCUUUUGAUCCUGAGUGGAGGAUCUCGGCCCAGCCUCUCCCCCAGUGCGGCUGCGCCCAUUUCACAGGCCAGAAGCUGAGGGCAGGGAGGGGCGGCUGCAGCUGCUGA